UGAUUUCGAGUGGAUAAGCGGGCAACCCACGAGGAGGAAAUAUCCGUCGGGCCAACAACAGCCCCUCAGCCACGAACCCGAUCUCGACGCGUGCGCAGUGUGGCGGAAAAUUCCCCUUCACUCGACCAAUCCACGCCCGCGCGGCUCUUCGCUCGCCUCUUCCCCUCUUCUUUCCCCAUCGCCAGAUCACUCGGCUGACCACCGGGGCUGCGUCGGAUGUCGUUCCUGUGCUCAUCCUAAUCAUGAGAAUUUGGAGCCGCGGGGCUCGACGAUCUCUUGCUGUUCCUUCGUUUGGUUCUCCUCGGGGGAUAUCAAGAUUGGAUAGUUUCCUCCCUGCCUUCUCGUUCAGAAUCCGGAACAGUCGGAAGCAAUGGCCGAUUGCCUCUGCCUCAAGGGAAGUUUUCUUGGAUGUCUGUCAAAUUCUGUAAAAGCUUGCUCCAGUCACAACAUACAUCUGAACAUAUUCUAUUCCUGUAACCAACGAUUGCCUGUUCAGUCUUCUGCACUUCUCCGCAAAAGUUGCCAUCUUGAGUUUGCACAAAGGAAUACGACAUGGGGCUACUCCUUGUCAUCAACACAAAAGUGUAUUAGCCUGAGAGGCUCUUAUAAUUAUAACGGAAGAAAAACAUGUAGGCGGAGAUUUCAGAUAAAAGCUCAACUUGAUGUUGCUAGUGCUAUUGAAGUUAUCAAUGAUUUAGGUUUCGAUACUCUCACAUUCUUGGCUGUCACUGUUCUGGUUGUGCCUGCAUUCAGGAUGAUAAAAGCUAGUCCGAUACUUGGUUUCUUUUGUGCUGGCGUAGUACUCAAUCAGUUUGGUCUUAUUAGAAACCUCACAGAUGUUAAACUUCUAUCAGAAUGGGGGAUUCUCUUCCUGCUAUUUGAGAUGGGACUAGAGCUUUCAUUGGCACGUCUAAAAGCUCUUGCAAAAUUUGCGUUUGGACUGGGUUUGACACAGGUUGUGUUGUCAACUCUUGCCUUUACAGCAUUUGAGCUUCCUCCUAAUGGGGCUGUUGGAACAAAGAUUUUGCAGUUUCUUUUCAACUCACGACCUGAUCUGGUCAAUAUUAGAAGCAUUGAUGAAGCCAUUGUGAUUGGAGCUGCCCUUUCAUUAUCAUCUUCUGCUUUUGUACUACAGCUUCUUGCAGAGAAAGGCGAGCUCCCUACACGUUUUGGUUCUGCAACUUUAGGCGUUCUUCUUCUGCAGGACAUAGCAGUUGUUCCUUUACUGGUGAUUCUUCCAGUGCUUGAGAGUCAGAAUCUUGCAAAGGAAAGUAUUUGGCCAAUGCUAGCAGCUGAAAGUCUGAAAGCUUUAGGUGGACUUGGUCUCCUUUCCCUUGGAGGAAAAUACUUUCUUAGGCGAAUAUUUGAAGUUGUUGCUGAGUCAAGGAGCUCAGAAGCUUUUGUUGCUCUGUGCCUGCUCACAGUGUCAGGGACUUCACUUCUUACUCAAAUGUUGGGCUUCAGCGACACGUUAGGAGCAUUUCUGGCAGGAGCACUUCUAGCAGAGACAAAUUUUCGGACACAAAUUGAAGCUGACAUAAGGCCUUUCAGAGGUUUACUGCUUGGACUAUUCUUUGUUGCCACAGGGACAUCAAUCGACAUGCAGCUCCUAUUCCGAGAGUGGCCAAAUGUGCUUUCCCUCUUGGCAGGUUUAAUUGUUAUCAAGACAAUGAUUAUUACUACAAUAGGCCCUCGUGUUGGACUAACCUUACAAGAAAGUGUAAGAAUAGGAUUGCUUCUUUCACAAGGAGGAGAGUUUGGUUUUGUGGUAUUUUCUUUAGCAAACAGGCUUGGCGUUCUACCACUUGAGCUAAACAAGCUUCUCAUUAUUGUCGUUGUGUUGUCAAUGGCAUUGACACCUUGGCUUAAUGAAAUUGGAAGAAAAGCUGCUGAAAUCCUUGAUGAGAAGCUUCAAGUAAAAGAGAAAGGGGCUGACAUGAUAAGCUUUGAUGCAACUGAACCAGUGGUUAUUGUAGGGUUUGGGCAAAUGGGCCAGGUUCUUGCUAAUUUUUUAUCAACUCCAUUGGCCUCCGAAGAUGACAACCUGGGGUUACCAUAUGUUGUAUUUGAUCUCAACCUAGGUGUGGUCAAGGCAGCAAGGAAACUGGGUUUUCCCAUACUGUAUGGAGAUGGGUCACGCCCAGCAGUUCUGCAAUCUGCUGGUAUAUCUUCUCCAAAAGCUGUCAUGGUCAUGUACACAGGAAAAAGUAGGACCAUCGGUGCAGUACAAAGAAUAAGACUUGCUUUUCCUGCGGUUCCUAUCUAUGCCAGGGCUCAGGAUGUUGCUCAUCUGUUAGAUCUAAAGAAAGCCGGUGCUACAGAUGCUAUUCUUGAAAAUGCUGAGACAAGUUUACAACUUGGCUCGAAGCUGCUGAGAGGGCUAGGUGUCAUGUCUGAUGAUGUGACUUUCUUGAGACAACUCAUGAGAGAUUCGAUGGAGCUACAAGCUCAAGAAGAGCUAAAUAGAAGUGACGACCGUGAGUCUGAUGUUAUGAAGCCACUGCAGGUUAGAGUGACUGACUUGGUUCAGGCCAAAAGCGGCAGUGCAUCGACUUCACGCGGUGAGCAGUCACUCAGUCUUGAUCGCCCAGAAAUCACCCUAGUUGAAUUUCCUGAGAAAAAUCAACCAUGUGAAGUUGAGACGCAAAAUGAUCAAGGUGGACAUGAUAGUUUGGAAAAUGAAUAUGAAGAAUUAGACCAUGACGAUGGAGUUAAAUACUGCCAAUUAGAAUCAGAUAUUGGUUUAUCGAGUAUAAAGGAUGAUGUUGAAGGAGAUGGGAAAACAUUGGAUCAUUCUAUCCCAUAUAAGUAACUCAGAUGAGACAUCUUAGUUUCUUAUCAGGAUAAUCGAGUCUUGAAAUGAGUCCUGGACAGGUACAUUAUUUUCUUUCAAGUAUAGGAUUUUUUUUUUUUUUCUGCUAGAUCUAGUCCUCAUUUAUAAUGUGUAAACAACUGACUUCAAAGCAAAGCCUAAUUUAUGUGGAGUUAUAUACCAAAAGGAACAGCUUGUCGAAGUAUACUGUAUAGGAAGAUGAUAUCCAAAUACCAUCGGAGAGGUAUUUCCAAAUCA